AUGGAUGCCAAUGCUGAGACGGAGAAGAAGCAAGGUCUUGUUGACACCAAGUACCCCGUGAGAGAUGAGGUGGUAGAUGCCGGUGACGACGGGCUGGCAAGCCACCAUGCUGUCAUUCACAUUGACCCUGAGAAGGAGAAGGCCGCUUUCAGGAAGUUCGACAGAUACACCAUACCGGCGUCGUUCGUGUUUAUGGUUCUUUGCGCUCUGGACAGAAACAACCUGGGGAACGCGCGUGUCUUCGGAUUCGAUGCCGACAUUGGUCUCCACGGCCGGCAGUUCGGGAACAUCAACACGUUUUCCAGCCUGACCACGAUGCUGUUUGAGAUCCCGUGGGUGCUGGCCGUCCGGCGGUUCGGUGCCAACAAGGCUCUUGGGACGGCCUUCUUCAUCUGGAGCGCGUCCACGUUGGGCACGGCUUUCGUGCAGAACUACGCGCAGGCCGUCGUCUGCCGUAUGCUCGUCAACGCCGCCGGCGGCGGCCUCGAGCAGGGGUUCGCCUACCUCUUCUCCACCAUCUACCCCCGCCACCUGGCGGGCAAGCGGAUCAUCACGAACAAUCUGGCAAUGUGCGUCUCGGGCGCGUUCGGCGGCCUCUUCGCCUGGGCCAUCCAGCAGAUGGGCACCCGGCGGGGUCUCGCGGCGUGGAGGUGGCUCUUCAUCAUCGAGUUCGCCAUCACCGUCGUCGUCGGCGGCACGUGCUGGAUGUUUCUCCCCGGCACGGCCGAGACCGCCUGGUUCCUGACCGCCGAGGAGAAGGAGACCAUGCGCCUUCGAAAGGAGCGCGACGCGAUAUACCGUGGGCCCGAACGGUUUGAUCGCAGGUGGAUCAAGAUUGCCCUCCUCGAGCCGUUCGUCUACAUGCUCGGUGUCGCCUUCUUUACCUCUUCCGUCGCCAUCAACGGUUUCAACAUCUUCUUGCCAACCAUCCUUGCAGGUCUCGGUUAUGCGAAUCUACACGUCAAUUACAUGACCAUCCCGGUCUAUGUCGUCGGCGCCGUGUCUUUGGUCACGGUCGUCUAUUUCUCGGAUCGGUUCAAGCGUCGAGGAGCAUUCAUUAUCGGAUGCUGUGUUCCUGUCGUGGCCGGCUACCUCAUAGCCGUUGGCACGUCGAAUGCGCACGCUGGCUAUGCCGCCAUGUUUAUCCUCGUCCUGGGAAUCUAUCCCAUAUCUACUUUGGCCGUCACCUGGGCCGCGGGGACUUUUGCCCCCGACGACAAGCGUGCCUUCGGUAUGCCUCUUGCGAGCUCGAUUGGAAAUCUCUCCAACUUUGUCUCUUCGCAGCUCUAUCCAACCCAACAAGGCCCGAGGUACAUUCAGGGCAACGGCGUCACGGCUGGCCUCACCGUGGUUGCCGCGUUCCUCUACGGCUCUUGUUGGCUCUUGUUGCGCUCACGGAACAAGAAGAAGGAGAAGUUGAUCGCAGAGGGAGCCACCACGAAUGGCUUGGAGGGAGACAGAGCUCUCAACCACAAGUAUAUUCUCUGA